UUACCGGGCAGUAAACUGUCACCGCUCAUAACGGCUACAGACCGGUGCCCUGCCCAACACUCCUCUACCGCGCGCACCGCCGGUCAUUAAUUCAUCUCAUAAAAAAGCAGACACCUGGGCAAAGCGGCGGCAGUAGCAGCAUUUGAUUGAUUUUUAUUAUGGGUUUUAUCUCCGUGGAUUCACAAAAUAAAGUUCUUUUUUUAUUAACGCUGCGUUUAAUAGGAGAGCAAAAGCUGCGAGUCAGUCUCUGAGAAAGGACAACACCGGGCUUCUCUGGACCUCCUCAGCAUCCGUUUCUUUUACCGGGGCUGCUGUUUGUAAAAUCUGUUGAAAGAUUUGCCUGCGAGAGGAAGAUAUGAAGUUAGCGGGCUCCCUUUGGAUCCUUUGGUUUCUCCUGGUGCGCAGGGUGGCGGGAGGUGCUGAGUCAAUCUCAGAUCCAUCACUCAGGCCAGGAAAUAGCAUGACAGAUGGACAGAACCAGGCGGUGAGCCAGGGUCAAUAUAAAUGCCUUGAGCUGUCCAGCAAAGACUACCAAGAAAACAGAACCGGUACGUUCUGCGAACGUAUGUGGGAUGGCUUUUUGUGCUGGGACGAGACACCGGCUGGGAUGUCUGUAACACAAAACUGUCCAGAUCACCCUGACCUGGACCCAACUGAAAAAGUGACCAAAUAUUGUGCUGAAUUGGGUAACUGGGUCCAGACAGGGUCAACCACUUGUCAACCAGCUUCAAAGAACAAGUUAGAGAAGGAAGUUCCCCAUUUUUUAAGGGAUGCUGCUGGAGAGCCUACCACAGAGGCCACAGAGGUUAACACAGAAAAAGGCAGCAUUGUGGAAAAAAUGAUCCUCAAGAAUGAAAUGAAAUGCUCAGAGAAAAUGAAGCAAGAUCUACCUUAUAACAAAUCAGGGCUGCACUGCAGUCGUAACUGGGAUGGCUUGCUGUGCUGGGACGACACUCCAGCGGGAACCUACGCCUCCCAAAACUGCCCCAAUUAUUUUGGCGACAUUGACCCCACAGAAAAGGUAACUAAGUACUGUGGAGAGGAUGGUCAGUGGUUUCACCAUCCAGAGUUCAAUAGGAUUUGGACCAACUAUACACUCAGCGCAACCACCCAUGAGAAGAGACUGAGGAAACUGAAAAUGCUUGAGAAUGAAUACAAAUGCCUCCAGAAACUAUGUCGAGACCCACCUUUUAACAAAUCAGCGCUGCACUGCAGUCGUACCUGGGAUGGCUGGCUGUGCUGGGACGACACUCCAGCCGGAACCUUCGCCUCCCAGAACUGCCCAGAUUAUCUUUUUGACUUUGAUCCCACAGAAAAGGCAACUAAGUAUUGUGGAGAAGACGGACAGUGGUUUCACCAUCCAGAGAGCAAUACGACUUGGACCAAUUAUACACUCUGUGCUAUCAACACUAAGGAGAGGUUGAAGGCAGCCUCCCAUCUCUCAGGGAACACAGAUGUAGAGCCGGCUGAUGAGGCCACAGUCAGCCCCUUGGUUAACCCAGAAGAAGACGAAAUUGUGAGAAAGAAAAUCCUUGACAGCCAGUACAAAUGCUUCGAGAAAAUAAAUCGAGAUGCACCCUAUAACAAAUCAGGGCUGCACUGCAGUCGUAACUGGGAUGGCUGGCUGUGCUGGGAUGACACUCCAGCGGGAACAUACACCUCUCAAAACUGCCCCAAUUAUUUUGCUGACUUUGACCCGACAGAAAAGGCCAUUAAGUACUGUGGGGAGGACGGGCAGUGGUUUCGCCACCCGGAUACCAACAACACUUGGUCCAACUACACACUCUGCAACGAAAACACUAAGGCAAAGUUGAAGUCAGCGUACAUCAUGUUUUACAUGGCCAUUGUGGGUCACGCUUUAUCCAUAGCCUCCCUGCUCAUCUCUCUGGCCAUCUUCUUCUACUUCAGGAGUCUGAGCUGUCAAAGGAUCACCCUGCACAAGAACCUCUUCUGCUCCUAUGUACUCAAUUCAGCCCUCACCAUCAUCUCCCUCGUAGCAGUUGUGAAUAAUCCUGAAGUGGUGGGCAGAAACCCAGUUUACUGUAAGGUGUUGCACUUCUUCCACAUGUACAUGCUGGGCUGCAAUUAUUUCUGGAUGCUGUGUGAAGGUAUCUACCUGCACACGCUCAUCGUAGUGGCUGUGUUUGCAGAGGAGCAGCAUCUGCACUGGUAUUACCUCCUGGGCUGGGGUUUUCCUCUAGUGCCUGCUUCCAUCCACGCCGUGGCAAGGAAAAAGUAUUUUGAUGACAACUGUUGGAUGAGUGUGGAAACCCAUCUGCUCUACGCGGUCCAUGGUCCGAUAGUGGCAGCGCUUCUUGUGAACCUCUUCUUUUUACUAAAUAUUAUAAGAGUGUUGGUGACCAAGUUGAGAGACACACACCGGGCAGAGUCCAACAUGUACAUGAAGGCAGUGAGAGCCACCCUGAUCUUGGUGCCCCUGCUGGGAAUACAGUUUGUCAUUAUUCCCUGGAGGCCAGAGAACCCCUUAGCUGGGGAGGUCUACGAGUACAUCAUGCACAUACUAAUGCACUACCAGGGAUUACUGGUAGCAACAAUAUUCUGCUUCUUCAACGGAGAGGUGCAGGCAGCUCUGAAGAGACAGUGGAUGCAGUAUAAAACCCAGUGGGGUCAGAGACGAAAGGACCACUGCUCAAUGCGCUCCACGUCCUACACAGCCACCUCCAUCACCGAGGUACCCGCCUUCAUGUACCACCAUGACUGUAACAGCGAACACUUGAACGGGCGCAAUACUGAGGACUCUGAACUGGUGGCACUAAAAUCAGGAGAGACGUAUGCUUGAACAGCCGAAGAAGAGCAGGGAACGGAGAUGUACAGUAAGAAAGGAAAAUCCGGGUUGCCCGCAAUAUCUCAGUGAUUAAAGCUCAGAGGCUGAUGCCCAAGACAAUGAUACGGGUCCGGAAAAAAAGAGCUUAUCGCAACGGAGAUGGAUUAGCUAAAAGGCUGACACUUCAUUUUACUUUACAUUGCUGUUGCGGCUGCUUUCUAAGAACUUUGAUGUCAAGAACUUGUGGCAUGAUACAAGAGCUGCUUUUGACAUGUGUCACUUCCUAAAGCUGCUAAUACUGCGGAAGCUUGUGCUGGUGUGGAGACUAAAAUAACUGUGAUGAAGGUUUGGGCGGUGUUUUCUGUUGGAGACGAUGGUGCUGAAGGUGACAGUGAUGAUGAUAUUGGUUCGUAUUGACAUGAGGUACAGGUGAAUAGUGUUAAUGGUGUCAUGAUGAUGAUUUUUAAAGUGAAGUAGAAGAACCAAUCCUUUCUAACCUCACCUAUACCAAAGGGUACUGUAUGUUGGGCACAGCCAUGAAGGGGGUGUACCAGGUCCAGCUGAGAACAGAUGUGGUACCCUAAAGCUAAAGACACACGCAUACACACACCAACAAACUUCACAAACCUGAUCCUAUGUGCCAUGAUAGAGGUCACAUUUCAAAAAGCCCUCUGUGUUUGAAGCUCUGGAAUUGUGUACAUAAUGUAUGUUUCUUUUGAAGAAAAAAAAAAGUGUUUAAAUGUUUUUAAAGGAUUUUAUUUUUGUUUUCUAUUAAUAUUUUAUUCUUGCCAAUUCCUAAGUACGUGCUAAGUGUGUGUCCUGUGAUGCUGCACUCCCAACUGCUUUGUUGUUUUUUGCAGUUGCUGUAUUUGUGCCGAUGCUGAACAUCACAGGGCUAAGAAGCAAAAAAUAAGCUAAAUGCACAAAACAAAUUCUAUAAAUAAAAAACUUUAUUUUGAGGUUGAACAGCCACAAGAGUUGUUUCCAUGCAUAUGAGAUAAUUAUGUUCUUAGCUGUGCCAAUGAUUCUGACAAACAAGCAGUUUAUCUGCAGUGUGGAAGCUGCACUGUCUGAUUUUACUCAUAAUCAUCCUUUGUCAUGCUCACGAUGCCUUCGAUCUAUCUCCUGUUUUUUUUAAAGUGGUACUCCGUCCUCCAUGCAUAUUUAUUCAUGAAUAUUGUAGCAUUUUUUUAUGAAUGAACAUCCAGGACAAAGGAUAGGCUUGUUAAAAAUAAAAUGAGAGAUAACAUCCAUAUUGUAUGCACAGAGUCAACAAAUUCAUAUCUUUUAAGGCAUGUUCACAUCUUGCUCACAAUCUUGCACAGACAGAAAACAUGAAUAAUCUUUACCCUAAAUGCGUUCAUAUUACUCUAUUGUCAUUGUAUUGCUGCUUUGUCAUAAUAGGAUUUGGGAGGAUGAAAGUUAUAAGUCUCUUAAUGGCCAUGGUGCAUUUCAGUGUGAAUACAAAGAAAAGACCACUCUUAGUUUGCUUUGUAUCAGUAGCCACCAUCUUAGUUCUGCUGAAACUUGGAUUAAUGAAUUGUCUCGCAUUUAUCUAAAAAAGUUACAUAGAAGCCCAAUGAGCUUCAAAGCUGUAAAUCUAAUAGCAGCAUUUUAAUUCAGCCAGGGAAAAACAUUUAUCAUCCUAAAGUGCAUAGCCAAUAAAGCCUCUAGCUGGCUCAGACUGCUGUGAUUAGUUUGUUGCCGCUCCCCGUUUACGUGGUGGGGAAAAAGGAACUAAAAUCUUUGUAAGACACAGAGAUAUUCUGUUAUUGUUAACAAACUCCAUGAAAAGAUAAAACCAACAAUGCAUUAGUCCGUCUCACAAUAGUUUUCAACUUCCCUAUCCUGACUGUGGUACUCAGCAUCAUUCCUAAUAGAGAGCUAAAUAUUUAAAAACAUUUUAAAAUGUAGUAAUUUUUCAAAACCGCUGGACACUGUAGUUUCUAGCAAAUUUCACUCAAACAGGAGUAAACAGUGCUUUUGUUGGGGACUAUUUCCACUUGUGCAUUAAUGCACAUGGUGUAUUACAGUAGUAAGUAUUUACAGCAGGAAAGUGUAUGUAGCAUUGACUCAAAAUAUACUACAGUGCCCAUGUUUAUGGUAAUGAAGGAGCAUGUCAACCAGGGCAACAGUGUGGUGUGUUUUUAAGAGUUUUGAGACAACAAUGAGGUGCAGAGGAACAAGCUAUAUCAGGCACUGGAUAAACAGACAAUACUUCAUUGUUGAUUCUGGUCUUUUCAUUGGAUUUGCAGACAAAAACAAGAAUAUUAAUAUCACUAGACCUUUAGACCUUUAUAAUUGUAAACCUAAUUUGGCUAUCUGCAAUGACAUGUUUAGUUCUACUCACAUUUUCUGUCUGCAUGGGGGCUACUGUGUUAUUAUCUGUUUGGUCAUCAUAUACGGUACAUGAUGGGGGUUAGUGUGUCAUUGUCAGCUGGAAUAACACGAUUGUGUGAGACAUAUGAGAUAUUAGAUGGUAUAAUGAAUUAAAGUUUGAAAUGUAUUAUUCCUGGACCCAUAGAGUAAAGCUAAUAAACAAUUUGCACAUUUAGUCAUAGUAUAAGGCUCUGGAGUCGAUCUUUAUAAUGUGUAAGUAAGUUCACAUACGGCAAUAAUAUUACAUACUAAUUGGCUUAUUAAUUACCAAUAAUACUGUAUAUAAUAAAAUAUAAAUAAUUAACAUUAUAAAAGAUACAUUUUGCUUUCUGCUAUGACAAUAUAACAGGAUUAACAGGACCGUACACAAAAUCACCUUCAAAAAUAUAAAACAUGAUAUAUAAUGGAGAAUUAUCUAGGAAGAAAUUUGAACACCCACCACUGCAAGCUAAUAACAUUAAAUUGGUCUAAUUAGGUUAUUAAAUCAAAUCAUAUCAAUAAAGUUAUCAUAGUCAAGGAUGCAGCUCUUUCCUAGCUGUAAAGUUGCAGUUUAGCCAACAGAAAAUACAUUAGCAAUGAGUCUUAUUUUGUAGCUUUACAUAACAAUCCCCUUAAUUCCCUCUUGAAGACAUUUGGACCUAUUGCAAUACUAUAUUUCAAAUACUUUUUUGUUUUUAGCCAGAUAUAAGGAAGGAAUGGAGAGACAAUCAAUAUGAGAGAAUUACAUCAUCAUGCUUUGAUGGUUUCACUUAUUUAUUUUAGUACAAAAUUCAUCUUCCUUUUCAUCUUUAUAACAGUGAUGUGUCACAGUGUAAGACAUACUAUUAAUCUCUGGGGUUAGGGGACAGACAGAUUCUGUAUAUUUUGUAUGUUCAUGCCCAUGUAAAUACGAACAGACACUGUGUAUAUGAUCGAUUUUUGCACUGUGAAAUACUCUGACAGCUAUAUUUAUGUUCCUGUCAUUUAUUUUCACUUGUGUUUGUCUCUUUCUUCCUCUCAGCUUGGACUGGCAUCAUCUUAAAGCUGAUUAAAAAAAACACUGCAUUUUGUAAAAGCCAAA